CGCAUGCGCGUCAUCUGUCACAUGACUGUCACUGAUCAUAUGACAAGUUAGUGGGUGAGGUGAUUAAAAACACAAAAUCUUCACAAAAAAACACCCGAAAAAUGAAGGGCUGCUUAUUUAACAUCGACGCGGGAUACCUUGAAGGCCUCUGCCGUGGUUUCAAAUGCGGAAUCUUGAAACAAGCCGACUACCUGAAUUUGGUACAAUGCGAAACUCUGGAAGAUCUCAAACUCCACCUGCAAGGAACCGAUUACGGGUCUUUUCUUGCCAACGAACCGUCGCCUUUGGCCGUUUCCACGAUCGAUAACAAACUGAGGGAGAAAUUGGUGAUCGAGUUCCAACACAUGAGGAACCAAGCGGUGGAGCCGUUGAGCACGUUCCUGGAUUUCAUCACGUACAGCUACAUGAUCGAUAACAUCAUCCUGUUGAUCACGGGGACGUUGCAUCAACGUCCCAUUGGGGAGUUGAUUCCGAAGUGUCACCCCUUGGGGAGCUUCGAACAAAUGGAGGCCAUUCACGUGGCGUCGACUCCCGCCGAGUUGUACAAUGCGGUGUUGGUGGACACCCCGCUGGCUCCGUUUUUCGUUGAUUGCAUCAGCGAGCAAGAUUUGGACGAAAUGAACAUUGAAAUCAUCCGAAACACGCUGUAUAAGGCCUACUUGGAAGCUUUCUACGCGUUUUGUAAAGAAAUCGGGGGGACCACUGCCGACUGCAUGUGCGAGAUUUUGGCGUUUGAAGCCGACCGCCGGGCCAUUAUCAUCACGAUCAACUCCUUCGGGACGGAAUUGAGCAAAGACGACCGUGCUAAAUUGUACCCACGUUGCGGUAAGCUUAAUCCCGACGGCUUAGCAGCCCUCGUCCGCGCCGAAGACUACGAUCAAGUUAAAGCCGUGGCUGAGUAUUACGCCGAGUAUUCGAAACUUUUCGAAGGGGCUGGAAGUAAUCCAGGGGAUAAAACUUUGGAGGAUAAGUUCUUUGAGCAUGAGGUACGCUUGAACGUGCACGCGUUCUUGCAACAAUUCCACUUUGGGGUUUUCUACUCAUAUCUGAAGUUGAAAGAACAGGAGUGCCGCAACAUCGUCUGGAUUGCGGAGUGCGUGGCGCAGAAGCACAGGGCCAAAAUUGAUAAUUAUAUACCGAUAUUCUAAGUGGGGUAUACAUUCCGUAUUUAUACACACAGUAGCGCCAUUGAUGUUUUUAAGUGGUUCGUCAUUCCUCGUUCAAACUGUCAUAUGAUCGUGAAAAAUUAGGAGGAGGCUGUGAAAAACAAAUGUCAAGGUUUGACGUUUGCGGGUCACGGUCUCACUUGAUUCAGUUUUUUGUUGACAUAUGGUGCAUAAGUUAGAUCAGUUGUAAAUAAUGAAUGUAUUAUAAAUGUUAUGAUUUUAAUUAUUUCAAAUUAGUUUUCUGUGUUAAUAAAAAUAUGCUACAGCUUA